UGCUUGGGACAUGCCACUGCCAGCUACACAGAGUGUCUUGGACCUGGGCUCUUGCAGCCCAGUGGAGAGCCAGGAGACGUUGGUGCAGUCCCAAAAUGUUGACAAACGGCUGCCUGAAUACAAGGUGGUGGUGGUGGGUGCAAGCGCCGUGGGCAAGAGUGCCUUGAUCAUCCAAAUGAUCUACAAGCAGUUUGUGAAAGACCACGACCCCACCAUCCAGGAUACUUACUGGAAAGAUGUGGUCCAAGAUGAAGGAGGCUACGUUCUACAAGUGAUGGACACUUCAGGGCAAGAUAUACACAGGUCCUUGUGUAACCACUGCCUGGCUUCUGGUGAUGGGGUGCUGGUUGUCUUUGCACUAGAUGACCUCUCAACACUCCACCAACUGCCGCAAAUGCGAGCCACUUGGGGCACACACGUCAACCAGCCACUUGUCUUGGUGGGCAACAAAUGUGAUCUGGUGCCUACUAUCUCUGAAGAUGCUCGCGCUGCAGUGGCAGCCCUGGCAAAAAGCUGGGGUGCCCCUUUUGUGGAGACCUCAGCCAAGACUCAGAAAGGUGUGGAAGAAGCUUUUUCUUUGCUUGUCCGGGAGAUCCAGAGAACCCAGGAAGCCAAGGCAGGAGCAGCUAAGAAGAAUGUCCGGCCCCAGAAAGCGAUGUGCACCUGUGGCUGCUCUGUGGCCUGAAGGUCUUCGUUGAGAAAAGAGGGUCCUCUCCCUGGCCAGGUUGCAGAUUCCCUUGAUUGAGACUCUCCCACGCACAGAACCAGGAAUCUCAUAGACACUGUUGGGGUCAUGGGGCCUUAUGAACACCUUGGUUUCCCUUGGUGAAGGGCUUUUGACAACAUGGGUGUGUCUAGUAUUGAUUGGA